AACCAACAUGGCGAGCGAGAUGUCACCACCCGCACCGGACUCUGUUCAAUGUCCCGUAUGUUUUAAAGACUUCACACCCGUGACAAUUAACGGACAUCUGGAUGUGUGUCUACUGAAAGGUGUUACCGACGGGAGUCCGUCCGCACCAGAGAGCGGACCUCCCAUGAAGAAACCUCGCUUUAGUGCGGAAGCCGUAAACAUAGUUGAGUCUAGCUCCUCCUCCGCCAUGGCUGGCACGCAGUCUUCAGCUGUUUUCUCUCUGUUUCAGACCAACAAGGGUAAACCAUCUGUUCAGAGUGAACCAAGUGGUACGUUCGCCGGUAAACAGAGCGACGUCAGUACCGACAGAAAGGGGGUGAAACGUUCGCUGAAAGAGCCCCCUGAAGUGAGCCAACCUGCAAACGCUGAGACUGCGUCGGUGUCAAACGAAAGCACGUUGAAGACGCCAAACGUUCUCCCACCGAGAAUACCGCUCAGUUUGGGCAAGCCUCUCGCAGAGACGCUGAGACCAAACACACUGGAGGAAUACUUUGGUCAGAGUAAAGUUGUAGGCCAGCAAACACUCAUUAGGUCUCUUCUGGAGUCUCAGGAGAUACCAUCUCUGAUCCUGUGGGGUCCACCGGGAUGCGGAAAGACAACUCUAGCUCACAUAAUUGCCAGCGCCAGCAAAAAGAAGGGAACGGCUCGCUUCGUGACGCUGUCGGCCACCAGCACGUCCACCAAUGAGGUCCGAGAGGUGAUCAAGCAGGCGCAGAAUGAGCUCAGACUGUGUAGAAGGAGGACCAUCCUGUUCAUCGAUGAAAUUCACCGCUUCAACAAAUCCCAGCAGGACACCUUUCUUCCCCAUGUGGAGUGUGGGACAGUCACUCUCAUUGGAGCCACCACUGAAAACCCAUCCUUCCAGGUCAAUGCUGCCCUCCUGAGCAGGUGCAGAGUGCUGGUUCUGGAGAAGCUGUCUGUGGAAGCUAUGGGCCUGAUCCUGGACAGGGCCGUGGCCGCUCUUGGUAUCAGAGUUCAGGGUCAGGGCCCAGAAAAACUAAAAGAUCAAGAUCAAACUGAUGAACCUGAGACAAGAAUUUGCAUUGAGAGAAAGGCCUUGGACACCAUUGCCUACCUCUGUGAUGGUGAUGCAAGAGCGGGACUUAAUGGUCUCCAGCUGGCUGUUCAGGCUCAGAUGAACUUAGCCCAGCCAAAGCUGUCGGCACAAGAUGGUUGUCCUCAAGAGAUAGUGGUGACAGAAGAUCACAUAAAGGAGGGUCUUCAGAGGUCCCACAUUCUCUACGACAAAGCUGGUGAAGAGCAUUACAACUGCAUCUCAGCCUUACACAAGUCCAUGAGAGGCUCCCAUGAGAACGCCUCUCUCUACUGGCUGGGCCGCAUGCUAGAGGGUGGUGAGGAUCCACUCUAUGUGGCGCGCCGGCUGGUCCGCUUUGCCAGUGAGGAUGUGGGUAUGGCGGAUCCCUCUGCCCUCCCUCAGGCUGUGUCUGCUUUCCAAGCCUGUCAUUUCAUUGGGAUGCCCGAAUGUGAGGUAAUCCUGGCUCAGUGUGUUAUCUACCUGGCUCGAGCACCCAAGUCUGUUGAGAUCUACAAGGCUUAUGCCAACGUAAAGGCUUGUCUGAGAAACCACAAAGGUCCCCUGCCCCCUGUCCCACUGCACCUCCGCAACGCUCCCACCAGGCUGAUGAAACAGCUCGGCUACGGUAAAGACUACAAAUACAACCCGUCCUUCAGGGGUCCCAUAGAGCAGGAGUACUUACCGGAGGAGCUGCAGAGAGUGGACUUUUUCACCUGGACACCCGCAGACUCAUAAUUUUGUUCUGUUUCAAUUUACUCAGCCUCUCAUCAAACUUAAAAUAAAGUCAGUCAAAUUAAAGUCACUCAAGAUUUAGCAUGUGCUGUUAUUAGAAAUGCAUAUGUGAUCUGACAUGACUGGUUUUAAGUUUAUUCUUAAUAUGUUAAUAUUAAUUUCCUGCUUCAGAACAAUUACAGUUUUCUAAUAUGCUUUCAUUUCCUUUUUUUACUUUGUGAGUUUGUAAUGUUUAAUCUGCACAUGUUAAAGAAUAAACCUUUCUGAUUCCUAAAGCAUUUUUUUACAUUAGGAUUAUGAAAAAAAAA